UAGGAUGUUUCACAAUGUGUCAUGAUUUUAUAUUAAGCAGAUGCUUUUAUUAAAAUCACAAAAUAAUCAUACAUUUGAUCAAUAUGUUCCCAAAUCCAUGACCUUGACAUUAUAUAUCCAGUAGGCCUAUAGGGCUACAGAAAAGCACCUUUUUAGGGUGAACUGAUCUGAUAUGAUCUCAAAGUCAAAGUCUGGUUUAUUGUCAAUUCUGCCACAUGUACUGCACAUACAUACAGAGAAUUGAAUUUGCGUUACUCUCAGACCCUUGGUGCAUACGGAUUACACUAAACACUAGCAGUAGAACGUAAAAAUACAGAUAAAUACAGAUUAAAUAUAUAAAAUACAAACUAUACAAAUAAGAACAUUGUAAAAAAGAUAGAUAAAGUGGCACAAGGCACAUGGCAGAUAGAGUGCAAACCAGUGAGAUAAACAACAGUGCAGAUAUAAUGAGUGUAGUGCAAAAACAGCUUGUCAGUCUGUUUAAAGUGACAAAGUGCUCAGAGAGCAGUCUUACUAUUACUAUUACUAGUCAUACUAUUCAGAUUUUGUUAAAAGAAAAUGUUUAUAAAAUUAGUUAUAAAGGCAAAAAGGUGGUUGUUAUUUUUCAGUUUUGGUUUGCAAUAACAGUUUCUCAACAUUUCACCAAAGGAAGUGUUUUAAUGCUACUGGCUGAUUCUGAUGACCACAGAACUGUGAAAACAUUCUGGUUGACUCAGAGCAGCUCUAUCCGGUUUAACUUAAAUAUCCUAUUCACAUCUUCAGAUUGACGCUAAUUUUGGGGGUCCUCCUCAUGUGAAGCAAAUUAAUAAGACAGAAUUCACAUUUUUAUGCACAAGAAAUCGUUGAAGAUGGAGACUACUGAGACAGCUGCCAGAAAAUCUUUCAUUGUGAUGAUUAACAUGAUUGCAUGGAUGAUUUUAAUAACAGCUACUGGAUUAGGAACGAUCCAUGUUCAUGAGUGCCCUGUUCAGCCAAACCUCCCCAUCUAUGUGACUGUGAUUGGAGUGACUGGUCUGCUUUCACUGUUGGUCAUGUACCUGAGGAACACUUUGGAUGACUGUCUGCUGGCUCCGUUCUGCAGUGCUUUCAGCUUUAUGCUCUACCUAUUCAUUGUGUGCUGGUUCAUUGCUGGUACCAACUGGAUUUACUCCAUAUAUCCUCCCAACUAUGUUCCCACCAGUACUGGAGACCACUGUCACAGAACCCUGUAUCUGUUUGCAUUUUGGAUUAACAAUCUAGGCUUUCUUUGUGUGUUCAUACUGUCUCUUUUUUGUUUGUAUACCAUUUUGACACGUAGGCAUAUACUGUUCACCAAUAGAACGCUGUAUGUUAAAAUUUAGCUGCAGACCUAGUUAACUCCCAGUAAUGCUCUAAAAAUGUGCUGUAUUAUUUAUACUGGUAUGAGUGAUCUUAUUAUAUGCGUUUGUUGCAAGAGAUGUUCUCUAAUUUUUUCAGUGGUUGUUUCAUCAAUAAAGUUCUUGAUGUUUUUUAA